AUGGGAACUACUUCGUUGUACAAGGUUGUACAAGGCGUUCUUCAACGUGCAAAGGAUUCAGAUAGUUCAGAUAAAUCAGUAGAUUCAGAUAAUUCAGAUGAUACAGACGUCAACCAACCGCUGGAGUCUUGUGAGCAGCCGUCGGUGAUUCCAAAGCCCUCGAACUAUGGUCAGUACACCAACAAGAUGCAUUUCUUUUACAAAUAUAUUCUGGUGGACUUGUACGAGAAUGAAUACGCUGUGCAUUUUCGCGAGCCUGUGGACACGGAAGUGAUUCAGGCACCGAACUACUACGCCAUCGUGGCACAGCCCAUGGACAUGGGCACCAUAAAGCAGCGAUUGAAGAAUCACUUCUACCACCAUGUGGGCGAGGCUGUGUCCGACUUUAUGCUGAUGCUUCACAACUGCUUUCAGUACAAUAUACGCGGCACCAUGGUCUAUGAGCGUGGCUGCUUCCUGGAGAAGUUUUUCAUGGAGCGCUUGUAUACCAUUCCCAAGGGGCCCGAGAAUCCGUACGCUGAUAUACCCAUGAAGUUCAGAAGAUUGCACUUGCUCGCACCUCGCCCUUACACGACCACUCCACUGCGCCCUCCCACUGCCACUUGUCGGCCCACACGACGGGCCUCAACCCAUUCCUUACGCCCUCGGAUUGCGACCACACAGCCACUCCAGCUCCAGCCUCAGCUCCAGCUCCAGCCUCAGCUCCAGCUUCAACCCGUACCGGGUCGUGUACUGACUCGAGUUCGGCCCAUGGUGGACCCAAAGCCCAGCAAUUUGGGCAAGUACUCAAAAAAGUUGAAUUGCUUCGAGACAGCUAUACUGGAGGUAGCGGCCAAGAGUGACUUCGGGCAGGACUUCCUGAAACCGGUGGACGCGGUCAAGCUGGGGGUGCCACAAUAUUACAUGAUUGUCGUGAAGCCCAUGGACAUACAGACCAUAAAGAAACGACUUCGCAAAAAUGUCUACCAACAUAUCGGUGAGGCGGUGUCCGACGUAAUGCUGAUCCUUCACAAUUGCUUCAAAUUCAAUAAGCCUGACCAUCCGGUCUACAAAAAUGGCCAGCUAUUGGAGGAGUUUUUCUGGAAAGAGCUCAAGCACAUACCCACCGGGCAAGACAUCGAUCUCUUUCGCAAACGUAGCGCAGCAAAUGAAUGUACACCCAAUUCUGUCACCCAAUGAGUCUGUUCUAUGAGUAGAUCAGUUAUAAGUAAAAUAUUUGUCACACUCUCGUAA